CCAAUUUACAAUUUAACUUCACUGCAACAAACGAAAAGUAAACUAACCUAAAAUUUCACACAUUAAUACAAAAAUUAGUUAUAACAUAAUAAUGGAGUUGAAAGGGCUUGAAAAUGAUCCAGCUGUACAUACAAAACUGACCAAUUUUAGAUUAUCCAUUGAUAAAAUGGAACAUAUUCUAGAAAAUGCACUAAGUGAAGAGGUAAUGAAGGAUUUAAAUCUCAAAGAUCGCUUGAAUCAUGAUUUAUUUAUUGCAUACAUGCUAAAUACUUUGUAUUGGUGUUAUUUACGCUCAAAAGGACUUGAUCCUAACACCAACAAAGUCAAGGAAGAGAUUUCACGUGUGCGUCAAUAUAUGCUUAAUGCCAAACAGGCUAUUGACAGACAUACAAUUAGGAAAACAGUGAACCAACCAGUUGCUGAAAGGAUAAUCAAGCAUGGCAUUCAGAAAAUGGACUCAGGAAAGAGGAAACAUGAUGGUAAAAAUCCUACUAGGGAUGGACCAUCACCAAAAAAACACAUGCAUAAAUCUAAAUAAUCUUCUCAUAUAAAUAAAUUGUAUUUUGUAAUUU